AUGAAAAAACAAUUAAUUCUUUGUUUAUUUUUAUUAUCAUUAUUAAUGAUAUCAACAUUUGUAACAAAUGCUGAUGAUAAUGAUAAUGAAAUUUAUGAGGAAGAAGAAGAUUUUACAACCAAUAGAGAUGUUAAACAAAGAGGAUUAGUUAGAGAGAAUGUUUCAGCAAAACAAAUUAUAAAUAAUUAUAAUAAAUAUUUCAAAAAUGUAGAUAUUAAAAAUUUUGAACAAGGUAAUACAUUGGUUUAUAUAACACCGUGGAAUGGUAAAGGAUAUGAUGUUGCUACUAAAUGGGCUAAAAAAUUCACACAUAUUUCACCAGUUUGGCAUCAAGUUAAAUUUGAAAAUAAUAAAGUAAUGAUUGAAGGUGAUCAUAAUAUUGACAAGAAAUGGAUGGAAAAAGUUAAAGAAAACUCUGAUCAAAAAUCAAAAAUACUUCCAAGAUUUUCAUUUGAAGGUCAACAAUGGGGUUCAAAAGAAUCAUUUCAAAAAUAUAUUGAUCCAAAACUUAUUGACUCAUUAGUUUCAACUGUAAAAAAAAAUAAUUAUGAUGGAUUAGUGAUUGAAGGUAUAGUUCAUAUAAAUAAACAAUUAAGAGAUCCAUUUUUAAUUUCACUCUCUGAAAAAUUACAUUCAAUUGGAAAAGAAAUAAUUUUAGUUAUUUAUCCAUUCAGACAAAAAGGACAAGAAACUGGAUUUGGAGCAAAAGAUUUUGAAUUAUUAUCAAAUCAUAUUGAUGGAGUUUCAUUAAUGACAUAUGAUUUUGGACCAAGUGGAGGUAUGAAUGCACCAAAAGUUUGGGUUGAAGAUAAUUUAAAAUUUUUAUUACCAAAUGGAGAAAAUAAAAAUUCUAAAAAGAUUUUCAUGGGUAUUCCAUUCUAUGGAUAUAAAAUUGGUGAAAAUGACCAAUCAGAUGCAAUAGUUGGUUCAGAAUUCAUUUCAGUUUUAAAACAAAAUAAAUCAAAGAAAUUAAAAUUUGAUCAAAAUACUCAUGAACAUAUUUUUACAUAUAAAAAUAAAAAGAAUCAACAAGUUUCAAUGACAUAUCCAUCAUUAUUAUUUAUUGAAGAUCGUAUUCAAUUAGCAAAUAAAUAUAAAGUUUCCAUUUCAAUUUGGGAAAUUGGUCAAGGUUUAGAUUAUUUUAUGGAUUUAUUAUAA